AUGAGUGGCACUGAUGCACUAUCCACAUCUAAUGCUGGUUCUCGUCUUACACCAGUUAAAAGAAACCCAAGCGGGAAGUUCAUUGGAAGUGGACAAAAACUAAUGAUAAUAAACUUAUACAAAUCCAAAAUUGCCGAACAACCAACUAUUAAGGUUAAGGAAAUGGUGAAAUUGCUAUCCAAAGAUACGGGUAUUGGCCAGAAAACGAUCCAAACGACAAUUGCCGACUACAAGAAUUCAAAACCAAUAAAAUCACCUUGCAGACAGAAGAUCAGGCUGACAUUCAAAGAAAAAGUCGACGAUUUAGAACGGAAUGCUAUACGUAAAAAGGUACACGAUUUUUGGUUUAGACGACAGGUUCCCUCAUUGGACAAGAUUUUAAUUUCCGUGAAUAGUGACCCAACACUAAACACAUACAAAAAAACCAACCUAUAUUAUUUAUUACGUGAGCUAAAUUUUACGUAUAGUAAAAGAGGCCGUAACAGCGCACUUAUUGAACGGGACGAUAUUGUACUGUGGCGAACCAAAUAUAUACAAGAUAUCCGAAAAUAUCGCCAAGAAGGAAGAACAAUUUAUUAUUUAGAUGAGACGUGGACAAACAUUGGUGAUAGUAUGGAAAAAAAUUGGGUCGACAAGACCGUUAAAUCACGCAGAGGCGCGUUUUUGUCUGGCCUUUCGACAGGUGCUCCCAAUCCAACAGGCAAAGCAAAAGGACUCAUUAUAGUCCAUAUUGGAUCAGAAGAAGGAUUCGUUAAUGGUGGUCUGCUGGUAUUCGAAUCGAAAAAAGGAUCAGCUGACUAUCAUGACGAAAUUAACGGAGAUUCAUUUUUUGAUUGGAUUAAAGGUGUCAUUCCAUUGUUAAAAGACAACAGUGUCAUAGUAAUGGAUAAUGCACAUUAUCAUUCCGUGGAAGCCGAACAAUGUCCAACAAUUAGUUGGAAAAAAACGGACAUAGAAAGUUGGCUGAAACAAAAGGGCGAGGUUUAUGAAAAGCCACUUAACAAAGUUGGUCUAAUGAACAUUGUUAAUCGGAUUAAACCGCAGUUUAACAAAUACGUCAUAGACGAGUACGUCAAAUCCAAAAAUAUAGUCGUAUUACGUUUACCGCCGUAUCACUGUGAACUGAAUCCAAUUGAGCUAGCAUGGUCGUCUGUCAAAAGGUACAUCAAAAUGAAUAAUUCGACAUUUAAGCUACCCGAUGUCAAAAACCUCGUUAUUGAAGGUGUCAAUCAAUGUGGCCCCGAAAAAUGGAAGAACUUCGUCAGUCACGUAAUUAACGAAGAAAAAAGGUUCUGGGACAUCGACUUUGUCGUGGAAGAAGUCAUGGAAAGGUUAGGUAAUGGUGUGAUGACAAUAACUGGUGACACAUCUUAUUCAGAUUCAAAUCAUUAA